GCCUUUUGGAUCACCGUUGAGUAUGUGUAUGAGUGUGUGUGUGGGAGAAGAGACGAGAGCGAGCACUUUAAUAGUUUGGUUUAAUGCGGCGGCCUAUGACACGCCAGCGGCAUGGAAGCUGACGGAACUUGUGGAGGAACUUGAGAAGUUGGUGGUACUCGAAUCUGCACAUACGAAUCGACGAAAACUAAUACUAGAACUGACACGGACUUUCUCCGCCAUAUGCCCCCGUGAUACUAGCGAGCUGGCGUAUUUGGAAAGUGCAAACCUGAGCGCGACCCGUGGAUUUUUUUCUGACGUUCCAUUAGUUUUCAUCCCCAAAUUAACUCCAUCUUUAGCUUCUAUCACCUAUACAUCGCUACGCUUACUUGCACAAAGCAAUAGGAUGCGCAUAAUCUCUGGAUGCAAGGAGAAAUGUGAACGGUAACGUCAGCUGAAUUGGUACCGGAGGAAAUUAGCCCUGUCCCGCUGAAUGCUGUCGGAAGCUUCGGCUGUAGGCUUCACCUGCGGGAUGUAGUUUGCGUCAGGAAUAAGAGACUUUGAUGCGGAGUGGAUAGACUGGAGAACAGCUCUUUGCCCUCGCAACGUCAGUGAGGAUAUUCUUCACUUUAAAUGCUCAGCGCUGAGGCGGAGACCUUUAAAAAGUUUAUUUUGGUUGUAUUACGUGAUAACGAUCGUCAUAUUUACCGCACAAGAUAGUCCACCGACAUAGCCUACGGAUAAAAAUCGCCCAGAUCACAGGAAUCAACUCUUAGCCUCGCGCGUUAGUAAGCAUUAGAUGAGCGUAAUGAGCUUUCGCGUAUCUGAAUAAUUGCCAGUUUACAGUGUGUGAAUGAAAGGUUGGAUGCGUGGGCAGCAUUUUUGUGUGGGCAGAGUACACUGAAAUCUGUGUCGUCGCAGGCUUAUGCCUUUUUUUUCUUCAGUAUUCUCAUACAGUUCAGCCUUCAUCCCUGGGUUUCUGAAGCAGUAUCAUCUCGUUCCCUGGAAUUUCGGAAUGCGUUUGUAUCUGUUUUUCCAUGCGCGCCCCUGACCGGCGCUGUCCUCGCUGUGUUGACUGCAGCACGCGGAGGAGUCGCCGUUUAACGGCAGAAUUGCGCAGUUUAAUUUUUUGGUAAAGGGAAAACGGAGAGAGCACGGAUCAGCUGUCCGCUCCAACUAUGUCCACCAGAGAGAGUGCGUGCCGGAAGUUCCAGGCGAACAUCUUCAACAAGAGCAAAUGCCAGAACUGCUUCAAGCCGCGAGAGGUCCAUCUGCUCAGCGAUGAAGACUUUAACCAGGCCAAACCUGUGUAUGGAGGAUGGCUUCUGUUGGCGCCGGAUGGAACAAACUUCGAUAAUCCCAUGCACAGAUCACGAAAAUGGCAGCGGCGGUUCUUUAUCCUAUAUGAACAUGGACUCCUGCGCUAUGCCCUGGAUGAGAUGCCCAGUACACUGGCCCAGGGCACCAUCAACAUGAACCAGUGCAGUGAUGUGAUUGAUGGAGAGAGCCGCACAGGCCAGAAGUACUCGCUCUGCAUCCUCACUCCAGACAAGGAGAGCUACAUACGCGCCGAGAGCAAAGACAUCAUAACUGGGUGGCAAGAGGCCCUCAUCGUGUAUCCUCGCACCAAUAAACAGAACCAGAAGAAGAAGCGAAAAGUGGAGCCAGCUACUCCCCAGGCUCCAGACCUCCUGAACCGCAGGUCCACCCUGGGGAACAUGAACGGGUACCCAGAGCCAGGCCCAGCCAAGGUGGCGGUGACCAGCAGCAGUAGUGUGGGUGGCAUAGGCAGUGUACCCUGUCUGCCCAGCAGCAUAGCGCAGGCUGAGCGUGUGCCGCCUAGCAGAGCCUCUCUGUGGCAGGAGGAGAGAUGGAGCCGACAGACGCCACCUUCCAUCCCCACCAGCCGCAGUGCCAGCUGUCUAUCAGAGGACGCUGCCUCGCUGGGGUCUGGAGGGCGUAAGGUGCGAGUAGAGAGCGGCUACUUCUCCCUGGAGAAGCCCAAGGCGGAGCUGUCCCCUGAGCCAGCCACGGCUCCUCCACUGCAGUCCCUGCCCUUCUCUUCCAGGUACCACACCUCUCCCGACCUCCAUGCCGCCACCUCCCCCACCUCCCCUCCUCCCCUGCCCUCCCCCUCUCCCUUCCUCUCCUCCUCCCAGAGCUCGCUGGACUCCGAGCCUAGCUGGGAGGAGCCGAGCAGCGGCGGCAGCAGCAGCAGGGCAGGGCGGUGUGGGCGCAACUAUGUGGUGCUAGCGGAUGUGCCGCGGGCCCGCCGGCUAAACCACCGCGAGGCGUUCCGCUCGGAGAAGAGGCAGGAGCUGCGCACCAGAACACGCAGCCCCGGCCGAGAGGAGGUGGCAAGGCUGUUCGGAAACGAUCGCAGGCGUUCGCAGGUGAUUGAGCGCUUUGAGCCCCAGGAGCUGCAGGCUGUGGAGCACAUGGAGACGGCCAGCUCCUCCUCCUCUGACCCCAUCCACCCCCCCGCCGGCCCCACACCCACCAGUCAGAGACAGGGGCGCAGUGACCGACGCCAUCUCACUCAGAAGCAGGACAUGUCACUGGAUGCGGGUAGAGAACGCCCCAUGCCCGAUGUGUCCAGCUCCUCCAUCGCCAAUCUCCGACGGGCGAAGAGUCUGGACCGCAGAGUCACCGAGUCUUCCAUGACGCCGGAUCUGUUGAACUUUAAAAAAGGAUGGAUGACCAAGCUGUACGAGGAUGGACUGUGGAAGAAACACUGGUUCGUUCUGACCGAUCAGAACCUGAGGUACUACAGAGACUCCAUCGCAGAAGAGGCGGCAGAUCUGGACGGAGAGCUUGACCUGUCCUGUUGUCAUGACGUCACUGAGUACCCGGUACAGAGGAACUACGGUUUUCAGAUUCAUAGUAAAGAGGGUGUGGUUACACUGUCAGCUAUGACUUCUGGGAUACGGCGGAACUGGAUCCAAGCUAUCAUGAAGAACGUGCGCCCCACUGUUGGCCCUGACGUCACUCGGAAAAACGUCUGUUUGAAGCUCUCUGUUCUGAAGCCCAGUAGUUCCCUGCCAGAGGAAAGAGCCAAGGUUCGGGUGGCCCCUGAUCUGACCUCCCAGCCAACCCCGACCCCUGCUGUUAGCUCACAGAGCCCUGAGGUCAGAGGUCAACCAGCGUGUGAUCUCACCAGCGGCCCCGCGGUGCCCGAACAGCGCAGGAGCCGCGUGCGCGACAGGCGGCGGGACGGCCGCUCCAAGACUUACGAUUGGUCGGAGUUUCAGCAACCUCAAGAGAGGGAGGUGACUGAUAGGCCGUCAGAAGGGGGAGAGGCGGAGCCUGCCAUCAGCUCCUCUUCCUCAACGUCGUCAUCAACCUCCUCGUCCUCUUCCUCGUCUUCAACACCGGGUUCCUCGCCCACGUCCUCUCCUCAGACCUCCUCCUCGCUCUCCGCUCCGCCCAACAGUAAGUCAGCUCUUGAGGCACAGGAGAGGGUCAGGCAGAAGGAGGGGAGACCCAGGGUCCCUCAGACCCCAGCAGCAGCAGCUCCGCUCAGGGCCCAGGAGGCAGAGCGGGAGUCGGGCCAGAUGGAGGUGGACCACGCCAGGCCCCAGAGAGACCCGCCCAAAACCCCAACCGUCCAGGUGGAGAUUGAGCAGCGCUGGCACCAGGUGGAGACCACGCCCCUCCGGGAGGAGAAGCAGGUGCCAAUCACCAGCCCCUCCUACCAAGGGACCACACCGCCCUCCAGUGGAGAGAGGCUGCCCCCACACGAGCGGGUCACCCUGCUGGACAAGGAGCUUGGACACACUCAGAAGGAGCUGGCCAGACUUCAGGAGCAGAACAGCCUCCUCAGGGAGCAGCUUCAAGACGCCCGCGGGAGAGAGCAUAGUGCACGAGAAGGCUAUGUGCUACAGAAUGCCACACCCACCCAGCUCACCAGCUCCUCCCCUCCUUCCUCUGGACCUCACCAGAUGCCAUGGCAACGCCUACACAAAGCCAAUCAGGACCUUCAUAGUGAGCUGGAGUCACAGCGACGUAAACAGGAAAUGGCCAGUCAGCAGGCGCAGUGCUUGAGGCGGAGCUACAGCGAAGCCCAGGAUGUGCUCGGGCAUCACGAGGGGGAGAUCGAAGCCCUGCAGACUAAGCUGUCGGCAGCCAUGGCUGAGAUCGUGGCCAGCGAGCAGGCGGUGGCGCGCAUGCGCAGCGAGCUGAAGCUGGAGCAGACGCGCUGCCGGGAGCGGGAGGAGGAGUGCAGCCACAGCGAGACGGCGCUGAGAACGCAGCUCGGCGAGAGUGAGAAGCAGCUCCGGGAGGUGGAGGCCAACCUGCUGGAGAGGAACCAGGCCCUCCGGCAGCUGGAGCAGCAGCAGGCCCUGCAGAGGGACCACCAGCGGGAGGUGCUCCGCCUUCAGGAGCGCCUCACGGAGGUCACCGGCCGCCUCAUCGCCACCGAAGAGGAGCAGAGCCUGAGGGAGCAGAGGGAGAAGAAGGAGAAACGCUCACUGGAGGAGAACCAAGAGAGGGAGCGGCAGGCGCUGGGCCGCAGGCUGGCCGAGAGCGAGGAGAGGAGGAGCGAGGCAGAGGAGCGACUGCAGGAGGCCCAGCAGCAGGUGGAGGCCCUACUGAGAGGAGGACGGGGCUAUGGGGGGGGUGCUGUGGAGGAGGUGCAGUGCCUGCAAGAGCAGCUGUCUGUGCAGACAGACGUGGCUGAAUCACUGCGGGAGAGUGUGCGCAUGUUGGAGGAGGAGCGGAAUCGGCUGACCUGCCGCUGCCAGGAACUCCUAAAUCAAAUCGCAGAGGCUGACCGAGAGGUCAGCAAACUCCAAGCCCGUCUGAAGGGUGAGGAGACGGACUACUGCACCCUGGAGAGCUCCUAUGAGAAGGUGUCACAAGAGUUCCAGCGCAUCAGCUGCGUCUUGAGGGAGAAGGAGGAGGAGGUGCGGCAGACCAAGGAGAUCUACCAGCGGCUGGUGGAACGGAAGGAGCGAGAGCUCAGCGAGGCGCUCAUCAAGAUGGCUGCCCUCGGAAGCAGCCUGGAGGAAACCGAGCUGCGCCUACAGGAGAAGGAUGAGCAGCUUUGCCAGAGAGGAUGUGGUGCCGGAAGCGAGGUGGAGCCCUGUCGAGCAGAGAAGGAGUUGCAGGCUAAGCUGGUGGUGGCGGAGGAUCGCAUUGCCGAGUUGGAGAGACACCUGGAUGCUCUCCGGCUCGGGUAUGCCGACCUGAGGAGGGAACGGCGCCGCCACUCCCAAGAAGACAUUCUUGACAUGAGGGACAGGGGGGAGCAGGAUGAAUCCUUGUCAGCAUCUUCCUCCUCUCUGACCCUGACCAGGUGCAGCUCAGAGACCGACGCCUCGCUGGUUAAGCGGCAGAGGAUCCGUUUCUCCAGCAUCCAGGGCCAGAGAUAUCUCCCCCCUGAUGGAGGCUCAGAGUAUGCACUACAAGCCAACACCUCCUCUGACUUCACCCAGUCGGACACCUCAGACACAGUCACCCAGUCAGAGAUGGACCAGUCGGACCUCAGCUUCGUUUCUACAGACAGGACGUUUCAGUUCUGCAGCGAUCCGGAGAAGUUCAUCUCCAUUAUCCAGGCUCUGGAGAUGAAGCUGCUCUCCACCGAGGAGAAGCUCCGGGAGCUCACUCAGAAGCUGCAGGAUCAGCACGACCAUCCAGAGCGGAAGGAGCAGCCAGAGGGAGCCAUGCUCAACCCCUGGGCUUCUCCAGAUGACUUCCAGGCCAGUCUCCAACAUGAAGAGCCUGAUGGAAAGUCAACCUCCAGUCCAGAUUCAGACUGUCGAGGUGCUUCAGCAGCUACCAACAGGGGUUAUGAGGGAGCGCUAGUGUGUGUCGAGUCCUGUAGAGAGAGAGUCCGGGUGAUUCUUGGGCAUCAGCAGGAGCAGGAAUCUGUAGAAUUACAACUGCGCAAUCUAUCAGAGAUUGAGGCUGAGCUAGUCAAGGCCACAACCUUUAUGAAGACGGAAGCCAUGGCUUGGGAAGAACCCAAUCCUGUUUUAGAGGUCAGGAGCAUGCAUGACUUAUCUGAUGAGUCCCUUGUCAGGUGCUUCUCCCAGUCAUUAGCUUUAGAGGCUGUGGUUUUGGAGAAGAUGGCAUUUUCUCUCCAAAACAUAAACUCAGACCUCCUGCAUAGCCUUAAUGAGAUCAGUGUAGAAUUGGACAAGAUUAAACAAAGUGAUCAGAGUUUUACAAUGACAACAUAUGCCAAGAUGUUGACCCAGAAGCUGACGUCUGAGUUGGCAUUUUGGGCAGAGGUGGAGAAAUUAGAGUCUCAGACUCCAGGGAUUUCCCAGAAUCCCUGUCUAGAUAUCGGGUCCCUGGAGAGCUGCUAUUUGAAACAGUCUCUAAUAAACAGGGCCUGUGUCAAAUUUGAGUUGGCCUACUCACUGCAGAGUCUCAGGAGCUCCAACCAGAAUCGGCUGAAGGGGCCUCAGGAAUUGGCUGCCCAAGCCAGCCAGGAGCUCCAGCAGCGAGCCAAGGCUGUGCGGGAGCUCGUCAGGUCCUCAGGUCUGCAGUCUGCCAUUCAGAGCCAAGAGUUGGGCAUCGAUGAGAAUUCCACUCUAGCAGACAACACUCCAACCGAGCUCGCCCCAUAUAUGGAGCAAAUAGAGAUGGAAGAGGCCCAGGAAGUCGCAAAGGAGAUGCUGGACAGACACCUGGCUGUGGAGAUGACCUUGUCUGAUGAAGAUUCAGUCGAGUCACACAAGGACAGGGAGAGGCUUGCUGCUGAGCUGCAAAAGCAAGCUGGCAUCAUCCGUCAUCUCUGCCAGGAUGUGGAGACACUCUGUGGCACAGAAUUUGGUGGCAGGCUCCAUGACCUGGCUGAGACUAUCCGUGCAUACUGGGGUUGUGGGUAUAGCGAGGCAUCUGUGGGAGUGGUGUGCAUGCGUGAGGCACUGCUCCAGGCUCAAGUGGCCUAUACAGCCUGCAAGCUGCGAGGUGAACACCAGAGGGAGCUGGAGUUCUGCCGCCAGGCAGGCCUUGGCAUGGAAGCGCUUGUGAGGGAGCAUACCCUCACCAUGGCUACCAUCCACCAGCAGUACCACACCUCCCUGCAGGAGGAGCGCAGAACUUAUGCCCAGACCAUGGUCUCCCUAGAGGAGGAGAACCAGGCCCUGCGGGGGGAGGUGUGUCAGCGGUUCCAGGAGCUGCAGGCCCAGCAGGAACAGAUAGUUCAGCUGCAGCAGGAGUUCCACCAGGAGACGGAGGCGCUCCGCAGGCAGCAGCAGGAGGAGCUGCUGCAAGAGGAGCAGGGAAGGGCACAGAGGGAGAUGACCCUGCUGGAGCGCACAGAGGAGAGCCAGAGGAGGCUGGAGUGCCUGCUGCAGGAGGUUGAGGGCCUGGAGGAGAGGCACGAGGAGCAAGUGCGAAAACUGCAGGAUGAGUUCCAGGGCAAAAUCCGCCAGCUGGAGCAACACCAUGAGCAGGAGGUCCGGCGACUCCAGGCACGGCUCAGACGAGGCAGUCAAGAGGAGCAGACCAGGGAGGCCGUGUCUGAGGAGGUAUGUCCCAUGGAGGAAGGGGAGGAGCCGGAGGAGAGACUGGGGCGUGACUCCAUGAUGCUACUGAGGGGCCGUGUCCACGAGCUGGAGUCCAAGAUGGACAGCAUGAGGGACGAACUGGAGAGCAAACAGCUGGAGGGCGAUGUGGCCGGGCUGAAGGACAAAUACCAGCGUGACUUUGACAGCCUGAAGGCCACAUGUGAGCGUGGCUUUGCUGCGAUGGAGGAGACGCACCAGAAGGUGGUGGAGGACCUGCAGCGGCAGCACCAGCGGGAGAUCUGCAAGCUGCUGGAGGAGAGGGAGAGGCUGCUGGCCGAGGAGACGGCCGCCACCAUCGCAGCCAUUGAGGCGAUGAAGAACGCCCACCGGGAAGAGGUGGAGAAAACCCACCGCUCUCAGCUGAGUGGCGUCAGUGCAGAUAUCGACGAGCUGCGCUCACAGUACGAAGAGGAGCUGCAGUCCAUUCACCGGGAGCUGGAGGUGCUGUCUGAGCAGUACUCUCAGAAGUGUCUGGAGAACGCUCAUCUGGCCCAGGCCCUGCAGGCAGAGAGGCAGGCCCUGCAGCAGUGCCAGAGAGAGAACCAGGAGCUCCACACACACAAUCAGGAACUGAAUAACCGUCUAGCAGAGGAGAUCACACGUAUGAGGUCUUGCUUCAGCGGGGAAACUGCCACCUCGCCUCUCACACAGGGCAAGGACCUGUAUGAACUAGAGGUGCUGUUGCGCAUUAAAGAGUCAGAGAUUCAGUACCUCAAACAGGAGAUCAGCUCUCUGAAGGAUGAACUACAGACUGCUUUACGGGAUAAGAAGUAUGCAUCCGAUAAGUACAAGGGCAUCUAUACUGAGCUUAGCAUAGUGAGAGCUAAGGCAGACUGUGACAUCGGGAAGCUCCGGGAGAAGCUGCUGGCCGCCACCGAAGCCCUUGGGGAAAGGACUGCUGAUGGGUCAGCUGUUGCACCUGGUUAUGGGGUAUGUGUCUUUGAUGCAGACAUAAUGAAGUCCAAGAGUAAUCCUGAUUUCCUGAAAAAUGAGCGCGCCCGUUCCAGAGGGCUCAGGUCCAAGAGCUUAAAAGAAGGAUUGACCGUGCAGGAAAGAAUGAAGCUGUUUGAAGCAAAAGAUUCCAGAAAGAUCUGACUGAGAACUGUAUGCCCUGUGGCUUUGUCUAACGCUUACAUGCACUCACACAUGCACACACCCAAGCACACACACACCCAAGCACACACACACACACACACACACACACACACACACACACACACACACACACUGUCCCUUACUGUAACUGAGGUGUGAACUCUGCCUCUGCAAUCUGGGACUGACUGUCAUCUUUUUUGUAUGCAUGAGCAUCUGAACUUCAACAUUUUGUGCUGGCAUUGGAGGUAGAGGGAUGUGUGUGUAUAUGUGUCUAUGAGGACGUUGUGUGUGUGUGUGUGUGUGUGUGUGUGUGUGUGUGUGUGUGUGUGUGUCUGUGGUUUAAAUUGAUCUUACUUGUCUCAUUAACAGAUUGAUUUUAAGUGAUGACUUUGUUUUGUGUGUGUGUGAGUGUGUGUGGACACAAGUGUAUGUGUGUUGGCAGGGAAUGGAAAUGUUUAGGCUUUUGGUGGAGGAACUUUUCCAGUAAUAUCCCUUUGGCCUCUCCCAGCCAACUGUGUGCAAGAGGGUGUGUGUCGUUUUAUUUAUCCCAUACAGAAAUUAAUAAAGAUUUAAAAUGUUUAUUUAUACAUAGAGAGAGACUUAUAAAAAAUCUGCUGUCAUUAUAUCCUGUUCUGACAAUGAUGAUGAUGAUGAUGAUGUGCUGGGUUUUAAAGUGAUAAAGUGCUUUUGUGUUUGUGUGUAGGAGAGCUGUUCUUGUUCGUGUGUGUGUAAGUAAAAAUGAGUGGUGCUCUGAGUGACUGGGUUGGCUCUCUGCUCUACUGGAACCGAACGGAUUCAUACACAAUGUGAUUUAUUUGCUAUUUGCUACGUAUUAUUAUUAUUAUUAUUAUUAUUAUUAUGAAAGUAUUUGAUAACUGUGGUGUUUUUGUAUGGGCUCUUUGUGUGGAUGGUAUAGAUGAUGCUGGGUUAUCAUAUUAUCCUCAAUGGUGUUAUUCCCCCCCACCCACCCCUUUCGCUCAACCCAACCCACAUGCCUCACACCCAGUAUUGAACGUGAGUGAAGGCUAGGAUUUGCUGUAGUGUUUGUGCAGAUCGUGCAGAGGAGCUCCCACUGACCGGAGGUUGCACCCCAAUACCCUCCCACUGACCGGAGGUUGUACCCCAAUACUCUCCCACUGACCUGAGGUUGUACCCCAAUACCCUCCCACUCUUGCUAACCAAGCUUUUGAAAUGGCAUGAGGUGCAAUGGCAUUUAAUUUUGGUACAGUGAUGGCUCAGGGCGCUUAGUGUUGCAUUCAAUAUUUCAAUUUGAUCUAUUUAUUUUGGGGGAGGAGGGUCCAUUCAAAUCUGCACAGCACCCUCAUGCUCCCUGUGCUGCAUGCUCCAUCAUGGCCGCCAUGGGGAGGAUACUUGGCUCCCCAGAGGAGUCAGGAGGGGAGAAGUUCAUUUGGAAAGGGAUUCACAUGAUCUCAUGAUUCACAGCAGCUGAUUCUCAUGAUUGACAGCAGCUACCACAUCAUACUGUACAGUGCUAUACACUCUUGCCUUGUAAAUAACUGGUUCACAGAAAACGAGUUUAGCUUUGUUUGGUUUUACGUCCUCUCCUCGCCUACCUGCUCUCCAUGUUUAUGAAUAUUUUUUAUUUUGGUUUUGAAUGUAAUGUCCUCAAUAAAUGAACUGUUUCUGAGA